AUGACAGACACAUUACACAUAACAAAUCAAGAUGAUUUCCUAAAACAAAAAGCUGAACACCAAAAAAGCCAAGCCGAUUUCGUCAAAUAUUACGACGAAAAGCGAACGGAACAAGUACGACAGGAACAGUCAGAGUUUAUCAGUCAAAUUAAACCGUAAGUUUGAGAUUUAUUUGGUUUUUUUAAAUUUUAGGAGGAUUUUUUGAAGAAGGGACAUGUUCUUGUUGUUUUUUUGAAAAAUGAAAAAAAAAACAAUUUUUCCUCUGUUUUCCAUAAAGGUUUUGAUGUAAAACAAUAUUUUAAAGCCGUUUAAAAGUAAGAAGAAGUUAGUUUUAUUCUUUUUAAAACUUUGAACUUGGUAUUGCAAGUCUUUUGUUAAGGUAUACACCACAAAAUCUCGGCUAAACUGAUGUCUAUAGCAAUUUCAUAGUUUUAGAGGUGUUUAACUUAAUCUAAAACAAUAAAAACAUGUUUUCUAGAUCAUAAACACUCUUUUUCUUAAUAUUUAAUACGCGUUUACGACAAAAAGGUUUUAAAUGAGCAAAAAAACAUUGUUAUAGACAUCAAAGUUUAUAUUGUUAUAGGUUUUAGUCUUUUCAUAAUUUUAUGGCGUAAAAUUUAGUGGUAAAGAGUAAAAAUAGACUAACAAGUUUUCACAGACACUUUUUUAUGUAAUACUAAAUGUACUUUUGUUGUCCAAAGGCUUUAACAUACCAAAAAACAUUGUUUUAGGUAUCAACUUUUAUAUUGUUAUAGGUUUCAGCUUAUUCGUUAUUUUUUGGUGUAAAAUUUAAUCUAGUGUAUAAUGUUUGGCUUAUAAAUAUAAAGAAACACCCUUUCUCUGUCAUAACUCAUUUAUUUUUGCGAAUUCAAGCUCUUCAAACCAUUAAAAACAUUGUUUUAGACAUCAACUUCUUUAUCUUUAAAAAUUUCACAAAAAUAUUGAUAUUUAAAACUAAUAUUGUACAUUUCAGACAAUUAGAAGAGUGUGUGAAGCAGGAAGAAAAACCAGAUUUUAACAUUCCGUCCCAAUCUCCAUCAAAUCUGGCACAGGACGCAAAGACGGCGAAUAAUGGGGGAAAAGUGAGAUUUUCUUUGUGUUUUUGUUGGGUUUUAGGUAAAAUACGGACGUUUCUAUAUCAUCAGUUUUAUUUUACGUGUUUAGAAGGUUGUUACGAAUCUGUGUUUUAUAAAAAUGUAAAGGAAUAUUCGUUUUUGACUGCGUAAAAUACAAAAAAAUAUGGCUUUUUGACGAAAUUUAGGUGUAAACUGAAGGAAAUUUUGAUUUUUUCAAUCUUUAACAGUUUUUUCUUUAAGUAUUUGAUAUUUUACAUUUGAUACUGAUUCUUCUCCAGCUAAUAUCAACUAUUUUAGGCCAGAAAACGACCGCUUGUUAAAGAAGAACCCGAACUUUCGCAGAAACGCCCCAACAUGGACAUGAACAACAUGAACCAGCAGCGGAUGAUGAUGAACGGCAACAUGAUGAACAUGCCGAUGAUGCAGCAACGUGGGCCCGACCCGCGGUCCGUCUAUCCUGGUGCAAUGCCCGGUGGUAUGAUGAUGCCGAAUGGUCAGAUGAGUCAGGAUGCCUAUCAGAUGCGACAAAUGAGCGAAAUGCAACGAAUGCACAUGAUGCGACAACAACAACAAAUGUCAGCACAGUCGCCCAACUUUGCCCGAGGGUUUAAUGGUCAGAAUAUGGGUAUGAAUGGUAUGAUGAAUGGGCAAAUGGCACCAAAAAUGGGACCAGGCGGAGGAGUAAUGGGACCAAAUGGGCAAAUGAUGACACAGAAUGGACAAAUUGUACCAAAUGGAGCCAUGGGUAUGCACAUGGCACAAAAUGGCCAAAUGAGGCAAAUUGGACCCGGAGGACAAAUGAUAGGACCGAAUGGCCAAAUGAUGCCUAAUGGAGCUGUUAUAGGGCCUAAUGGUCAAAUGAUGGGACCAAAUGGAGGAGUAGUGGGACAAAAUGGCAUGGUAAUGGGACCAAACGGACAAAUGGUGCCAACUAGUUCUGUAAUGGGACCAAACGGUCAAAUGUUACCAAAUGGAGGAGUAAUGGGCCCCAAUGGUCCCAUGAUGCCACAAAACAUGCCCCAAACCGUAGUAGGACCAAAUGGCCAACCGAUGCGAGUAACGCCCGAAAUGAUGAUGCAAAUGCGACAACAACAAGCGAUGCGACAACAAAUGAUGGCCAACCCCCAACUACAACAACAUCAGAUGAUGCAGCAGCAGAAAAUGUACCAAAUGAACUACCAGGCCCAAGGCCAGUACCAGUUCAACAGUCCCCAGACCAGUUUCCCAUCCCCGGCGGCGGCACAGAACGGCCAAGCGCCCCAAUGUCCCACGCCCCACACGCCGAUGACUCCGUCGAUGAAUCAUCAACCCGGCAGUAGCCAUUCCACGCCCAAUAACGUAGCCAAUUUGACCAUGAAUCCGGCUUCAGUAGCCUCAACACAUAGUGAACACCAACCGGCUUCAGUACCGUACCCCAUGAGUCACGGUAUGGUACACAGUGUGGGGCCAUCGAUGAAUCCAUCAACCUCCAUGGGACCAUCAACUUCAAUGGGCUCAAACGGUACCAUUGGUCCCAAUUCUACCGGUCCGAUCGGUACUAAUGGCAAUAUGGCAGGACCAUCAAGUUCUAUGGGUAUGAAUGGUACCAUGGGCUCAGUAGGACCACAUUCAAACGGCCUUAUGGGACCAUCAACGUCCGGUACCAUGGGACCAAGUUCGACCGGUCAUAUGGGCAUAAAUGGGGCCAUGGGACCAAAUUCGGUCGGUCAUAUGAGUUCAAAUGGCACCAUGGGACCAUCAAGUUCAGUAGGACCACAUUCCAAUGGUAUACCCAAUCAAAAUGGCCAGGCACUCAAUAGUAUGAGGCCAAAUUCGACCGGUAUGAGAACCAACAUGAGCAUGGGACAACAGAGCACCAGUAUGGGUAUGAACAUGGGACAAGCUGGUACUAGUAUGGCGCAAAACGGCAGUAAUAUCCCCCAAAAUGGGGCUAAUAUUACCCAAAACGGCUCUAAUAUGAAUCAAAAUGGUACUAGUCUGGCCCAAAAUCAACCCUCAACAUCGACCGGUCAAUCCAUGGCCCAAAGCUCGGUCCAGUCCAGCAUGAACCCAAAUUCAGUCCAACAAAACUUCCAAGCCAGUCAACCGUCCUCAACAGCACCACAUUCGUCGCCCGAAUUCGAAAUCGACUUUCCAUUGGACCUGCAAGAGAUUUAUACGACAGUACUGUGUACUCAGGAGUUCGGAGAGAUCAAGCCGGAGGUAAUGGUUUUGAAUUUUGAAAACUUUUGAAAUUUAAGUAACAAAUGAGAAGUUUUGGGUUUUAGGUAAAAGAAAUAGAGUUUUUUAGCCUAAAGACUUCAUUUUUAUUCAAAUCAAGCCCAUUUUCCACAAUUUAUUACCUAAAUUAACUAAUCUCCCUUCAUUUUCAGUCCUACCUUGACAUGGAAGAUUUGAUGAACUUUGAGACGCAUAUGAACGAAAUCUUCAAAAACCUAACAGCAAUCAACACGUGA